AUGAGUCAUGUUGAAGAUCCAUCUAUUGUAUGUAAUUAUCAAUUUCCACGUUGGUCAACAACAUUAUCUCGAUCACAAUCAAAUUCACAAUCAAAAGAUACUGUUAAUGAUAUAUUUCAAUUAGGUAUUGAUAAUCGAAAUCCAUUUCAAAAAUCUGAAUUAUCAACAACAAAACGAAUAAUUCAUCAUCAUGUACGCAUUCCAACAACUUCAAGAUAUAUUUCAGCUUCACCUAUUGAUCAAGCAAAUUCAAUAUCUAAUCAUAAUACAACAUUAGAUCGUUCAACACCAACAUCAAUAAAUUCACGUCAUUAUCGUCAUCAAGAACAAUCAUUUCAAAAUUUUUCAAAACAAACUCAUGAAAAACGAAAAAUAACAUAUGAAAGAAAACGAAAAAAACAACAAGCACAAACACUAGUUGAAAAAUAUUCAGAUACAGAAACAUGGUUUCAAUUAGGACGAUCAGUAGCAGAACUUAAACGUCUUGCUACAACACAAGAAAUUCUUGUUGAUCCAAGUACAUCAAUUUUUAAUUGUGAUGGACAUUUAUUUUCAACACUUAAACAAAUUAUUGCUCAACAACAAGAAGAUAAAAAAGCAGUUUUAUUGAAAUCGGAAUUGGGUAUAUCAUCAUCAUCUUCAUUUGGUUCAGCUUUAUCUUCUGGUGAUUUAAAUCGAGGAAGUGCAGCAACAUCUCAUAGUUCAUGUUCGCGUCCUGGAAUACCAAAACAACCAACAGAAACUUAUCCACGAUUAAUUUUCGAGCCAUUCAUUAUUGCAUCAAAACCAAUACAUCCUUCUCUUAUUACUGAUAGUAAUAAUUCAAUAUCAAAAUCAAAAAUAAAAUUACCUACAUCAAAGUCAAUUCGUCCUCGUCCUAAUUCUACUAUAACAUUUUGUUCUGAAAAAACACGUUCUCAAUUAGUUCCCUCUGAUCCUUCUAAUUAUGAUAAUCCUCCAACAUCAUUAACAUCAUCUCCACCUCUAUUCAAAAUUGAACGAGAUAUUUUUCAUCGUAAAUUAUUACCACCAUCAUCAUCAUCAUCAAUUCGUCAAAGAUCUCCAUCAAGUUUUCAAUUAACUUCAAUAAUAAAAUUAAAACCUCAACCACCUCGUUGCCGUAGUGCUGCUGAUAUAAAAUCAUCAUAUUCAACAAAUAAAAAUUAUCCACGUUUUAUAUUAAUUGCUGAUGAAGAACAUCGUAUUGAAAAUUGGUAUCAUCAAUAUCCAUUUAUACUUGCUGAUCAUCUUUUAACAUUAUUUGAAUCUAAACAAUUACAACAAAAAUCUACAAUAUCAGCUCAUUUUAUUGAUGAUUUAGAAUUGUCAAAAACAAAUAUAACAGCUAAAACAUUUUUACAAGGUAAACCAUUUCAUAUAAAUAAUGAUUAGAAAAAAAUAUGAUUUAAUUUUUAUAUCAAAUAAUAUUUAUGAACGAAUUAUUAUUUAUUUACAAACAAUUAUUAAUUUAAUUCAAACAUCAUGAAAAAUUAUCAAAAUUUAUCAAAUUAAUCAUGAAGAAGAUUUAAAAAAACAAGUCAAAAAUAUAUGUAAACAAUUACAACAAGAAAAUAUAUAAAAAUUUUUAUAUACACUUCCAAUUUUCUUCCAUUUUACCAUGUGAUCACAUUUGUUUGUUUUAUUUAUUGUAAUAUUUUCAUAUAUAUUUAUAUAGAGAAAAAAAAGAAAUAAACAAGCAAAUUUAGUAAUGAGUUUCGGAAAGGAAAUAUUUUUAGAAAGAAACGAUUUAUUUCUAUUAAUAGACAGUUAAUAUCCAUACUAUUUCGACUUGAAACGUGACAAUCAAUUAAUUUUUUUUUGUUAUUAGUCCAUAGUAAUGAACUGAAGGUACGUAAAUAAUAUCAUUUAUUAAUUGUAGUUUGACUUUACCUAAUGCAGUGAACAAUAUAUUAAAUAGGGGUGUAACAUGAGGAGACUAUCUUGAGAACGACU